AUCCGUUGACUCGGAUUUGACGGGGAAGUGCACAUCAAGCACGCAAUAUAUAAAAAGUAAAAGGAAAAUAGGCGAAUUCCAUUACCAAUUGUUCUUUUCUUAAUCGGGGAUAUCUCCAUUAGGACUUGUUCUACAGGUUUGAAUUCCGGCUACUCUAUCUAUCUGUCCCAUAACGAGUCAACUACCUCCUCCCUCAUUCAAUUCAAAAACACUUUCGUUUCCCCGAGGACAAAAACCUAGAAGAUCUUAGAUGUCUGAGAAGAAGAAGAAGAUGGGAAGUGAAGCGAGCAGCAGUAAUAGUAAUAGCAAUAGCAAUAGUAGCGUUGAUUCAGUGGUUGACGAUGUUGGUCAGUGUAGAAGCUCAUGUGGUUACUGUGAAUCUGGUGGGAGCACUAGUAUCUCUCACAGAUUAUGGGCACGCAGUCUGACAGUUGAUGACUAUCAAGCCCUUCUAGAUAGAGGAUGGAGAAGAGCCGGCUGUCUCUUGUACAAACCUGAGAUGGAAACGACAUGCUGUCCGUCUUACACCAUCCGUCUCAAAUCAAGUGAUUUUGUUCCUUCCAAGGAACAACGUCGAGUGCUGAAACGAAUGCAGAGGUUUCUGGAUGGCAAAUUAGAUAAAAGUUCAGAUGACUUAAAGGAUGCAACAGAUUCUUCAGGCGAUUCACAAACAGGUAACCUUGAAGAAAAGUACAAAACUGAACCGUUGAUCCCCCAUAUGGAAAGUCAGAUAGAUAAAGCAGUACAUGUGUGCAUUGGAGGUGGGGAUCUUUCUUCUGAUUUCCAGUUUCCAAGAGCCUCUGUGAAAAAGGUUGCACCUGCGAAAAGAAAGUUAUCCACUCAAGGGUCAGAGGAUCUGUUAUUUACCAGCAGCAUCUCAUUCCAGAUUGCAGCUACUUUAAGGCGACAAAGAAAAGAUGUUGAGCAUGAAAAAUCAUCAGAAUUGGGGGCUGGGGAAAGGGGGCAAGCUGCUGAUACCCCAAAAGUGAUUGCUGAAAAACUAGGUAGCCAUCUAAACAGUCUAGCAGAAUCAUUGGGCUUAUUAGUUAGAGCUGGCAAUGGACAUAUAAACUUCUACUCUUCCGAAAGACGAGUUGCCGUAGUCAGAAACCAGAAUGAGUCGAAGCAAUCCUCAUCAAGAAGCUGUAGUAAAGAGAGCUUCUCAUCAACAGCACGCGAAAACCCCGAGCUCAAAAGGAGGACAUUUGAGGUUCGUCUUAAAAGGGCCAGUUUCGAUCCCGAAGAAUAUUCCUUGUAUAGGAGGUACCAGAUUAGUGUGCACAAUGAUUCUCCUGAUAAAGUCGCUGAGAGCUCAUACAAGAGAUUUUUGGUUGAUACACCCUUAAUAUUCGUUCCACCGUCAUCAGGGGACCUUACCGUUCCCCCUUGUGGCUUUGGUUCUUUCCAUCAGCAGUAUCUGAUUGAUGGACGGCUAGUUGCAGUUGGUGUCAUAGAUAUUCUCCCCAAGUGUUUGUCGAGCAAAUAUUUAUUCUGGGAUCCAGAUUUUGCCUUCUUAUCAUUAGGUAAGUAUUCCGCCCUACAAGAAAUAAGGUGGGUUGCACAGAAUCAAGUACAUUGUCCAAGUUUACAGUACUAUUAUCUGGGUUACUACAUUCACUCCUGCAGCAAAAUGAGAUACAAAGCAGCAUACCGGCCUUCUGAGCUUCUCUGCCCGUUGCGUUAUCAGUGGGUUCCAUUUGAUGUUGCCAAGCCACUGCUUGACAGGAAACGGUACGUAGUUUUAUCUGAUUUUGCCACACAAAAUGGAGGGCCUCUUCCGCUGAGUACCCUUGAAAAUUUUGAGGAGCAAACGGAUGAACAGUGCUUUCACGGAUCAAAUGAUAUUUUUGUUGGUGAGGAUGAGGAUGAGGAAAUGGACGAAUUUAAUUAUGAAGAUUCAGAUGAUGAAUUGGUCAUUGAGAGCAGUGACAUCAAACUGCCCAAAGUAGAAGACAGAGAGGAGUUGAGGCAAGCUUUUGGUUCCAGUGAAAGGCGGUAUAAAUGA